GGCGGCUAGAGAGUCCGGCGGCCAUUUGAACAGUGAGGCGGCGAAAGAGUGAGGCCGAGUUUUUGUUUGGGACCCUAAGGUGUGGGGUUGACGCUAUAAUAAGAUGCCUGGACGGUCGACCAUCAUGCCUGUGAUUUCCUUAAGCUCUGUGGAUUCAGCAUUGUCUUCACUGAAAACUUGUCACGUGUCAAUCAAUACUGGAAUUGAGGUUACAACUGAUGUCGCGCUAGCCCUUACAGAACAUGAAGGCAAUGAGGAAGAAGUAAGCAAAAUGGAAAACUUGAUGCUGGACUAUGUAUCUAUGGACCGAGAACUUGAGCAAUUUAUACAAGCUGUAGAAGAUGUCACAAAUCAGGUAAAGCAAGAACGACCAGAACAAUUGCCUGAUUUGAAAUCAUUAGUGGAUAAAAGGUUUAAUGAACUGAAAAAUCUGAACAAAGAUGAAGAUUUACUCAAAACUGAUAAAUAUUUGCAUUUUAAAAGUCAGCUGAAUGAGAUGAAAAAGCAAGUUGGUGCAGAGUCACAGAAUGAGAACACUUCAGCCAAUGAGAUUGAUGAAGACAUUGCAGUGACCCAGAGCCAAAGGAAUUUCAUUUGCCCCAUUACACAGAGAGAAAUGGAAUGUCCUGUGAAGAAUAAAGUUUGUGGUCAUAGCUAUGAAGAAGAAGCCAUAAUAAAAAUAAUCCAAACCAAGCACAAACAAAGGAAGAAGGCUCGAUGCCCAGUUGUUGGAUGUGAUAAUGGAGAUGUGAACCAGUCUGACCUUUCAAUGGACACUACCCUGAGGAGAGCUAUUGAAAUUCACAGAAGGCAUCAAAAACGAUGAUUACCUGUGACAGAUACAGCAGGCAAUUGUAAUGAAGGAGAUUCUGUCAGAUCUACUUAGAAGGUUACGCUGUGGGAUGAAAAAAAUUCUGAUCAAGCACAGACAAUUUGACCAAAAUUUAUGCCACAUUCUACUUGAUUUAUAUGUGUUUCAUUUAAAGCACAGUGCACAGAUAUAAAGCGAUUUAAGUAGAAAACUAGACUUCAGGUGCAAACAAAAAUCCAGGCCACAGCAGUGUUUAUAAAAUGUAGCUUUUGCAGACUUAAAUAUAUGUUUGCAGCAAAGAUAGAGAGCUAGGGAAAUUGAGGAUAGUAUUUUCUGAAUUAACUGUAUAUCCUUGUAAGGUAAAGGCAUUGAACUGCAAGCACUUCUGUUUAACAAGUAAUUUCUUUCCAAAAUUUAGAACGUUUAAAAUUUAUAAUUUCCUUGUAGUUCCCUCUGAUGCCUGGAAAAUGUCUCAAUGUUAUUUUUUGUGCCGCACAAUGUUCUCUGAAUAGAUUGCAAUACCAUUUAUCAACACUGCUGUUUUGGGAUUUGCCAUUGAUUAUUUUUUAUGUUUUAUGUAUCUGGAAUAAAGUUGGCUUUUUACUGGUUAAA